AUGAGUACGACUGUAACUACUACGCUGAGUGACCAGCAAAAAACCUUGGGCAGUCCAGUGCCCCCAUUCACCGCACAUGCCAUCUCAGUGUCGCUCCCGACAUGGAAGGACAACGUUGGGUAUGAGGCGGGGGAGAAGCGCGUGGUGGACGCAAUGGUAUCGGGUUACCCACGAUUUUUCAUCCACCUGAGCAUCCAAAAGCUCGCACUCAUAUGCGAGCAGAAAUUCGGUAUGCACGGCGAACGCUGCCUACUGUGUCCAACACGCAGGAUCGCAGAACAGUGCCGCGCGUUCAUGAUCGACAGGGCCGCGAAGGAGGGAUCUUCCGUCCAGGUGCGCCUCAUACAGUUUGUGAUUUGCCCUGAAGACAAAGAGGACGAACAACCUGCCGGGAACUCCUGCAUCGAGCUGCACAUCGUGCUCUUUCCGGCCGAAUUCUUCCCCAUUGCGAAGCAAUUUUGGCAACACACAGGACUCUGCAUAUCUAGCCGCCGCGCAGAGCGCUGCCUCUCCAUGCUGCCCAACGAAUCUCCGGGAAUCCGCUCUCCCGUGUCUCCGUCCUCUCGCCCACCGACUAAAGCACUGAAUAAACACUACUCCACGAAGAACUUUGGAAAAUCGCCUCCCGCGUCUCCUACUGUGCAGUCUUAUGACACCCCACCGUCUCAGAGUAUAGCAGAAGCCCUGAGCGUGGAUCAGGCAGUGUACUUGGAAGAGCGCUACGGCCGCAAUCUCCCCCUCGAAUCUGCGGCUGCGGCAAAACGCGCCAUGCGGCGCCGCAUCGCAGGCGUACUCGUGCGUGACAGCCCGGGAGAUUGGUCCGCUGCUGGUGGGCACUCAGUUGAGCUUGGGCCCAGCACCAGAGGCGUGGAAGGUGUUACGGAAGACGAUGUGUACUUGUAUGCUACGGGUAUGGCUGCGAUAUUCAGCGCUCACCAGCUUGCGUUGGCUACACGCCCCGCUGCGAAAAGCAUAUGCUUUGGAUUCCCUUAUACCGAUACCCUCAAAAUUCUGGAAAAGUGGGGUCCUGGGUGCCAUUUUCUGGGUCACGGCUUGGACGAGGACAUCGACACGCUCGAAUCGAUACUCGAGCAGGAGUCUACCAGAGCCUCCGGUCCUCCUGUACUCGCUCUAUUUACCGAGUUCCCUUCGAACCCGCUCCUGCGCUGUGCUGACCUACCGCGACUCCGCGCCCUCGCAGACAAGUACGAUUUCCUAAUCGUAGUCGACGAGACGCUCGGUAACUUUGUGAACGUCGAGGUCCUUCCGUACGCAGACAUCGUCGUCAGCAGUCUCAGCAAGGUCUUCAGCGGGGAUUCCAACGUCAUGGGCGGAAGCCUUAUCCUCAACCCGAGAGGCAAGCACUACGCCACGCUCAAGGCGCAUCUCGCAGAGAACUAUGAAGACUCAUACUUCGACGAAGACGCCAUCUUCAUGGAGCGCAAUUCGCGCGACUUUAAGCGGCGCAUCGAGGUCAUCGACGCGAACACGCUCGCUGUCUGCACCUUCCUGCGUUCUCGCUCUCUCGCUGCGCCGGCGCCGGCGACCGCCUCAGUGGUCAAGGAGGUAUUCUAUCCCAAGUGGUGCACACGCGCGAACUUCGAGAAGUGCCGCGUGCGUAGGGGUGACGAAGACGCGGGCUUCGGCGGGUUGUUCUCGCUGACCUUCACCUCGCAUGUCGCCGCGCAGGCGUUCUUCGAUGCACUGCCCUGCCACAAGGGCCCGAGCCUCGGCACGAACUUCACACUCGCGUGUCCGUAUGCUAUUCUGGCGCACUUUGCGGAGCUCGAGUGGGCGGCGGGAUAUGGAAUCGAGGAGAGUCUUGUGAGGGUCAGUGUCGGGAUGGAGGACAAGGAGGUGCUGCUCGCGAAUUUCGAGAAGGCGUUGCUGGCCGCGGAGGCUUUGGGCACGUCGUGA